CACAUGUCGCGACAUUUGUUAUGGAAUGUUUUAAUGAAUGUUAUGGCCGGCUGUCAAAAGCGUAGUUUCCAAAAUUAUCAAUUAUCUUUGGAAUGUGUUAUAUGUUUGUGAUAGGUACGCAAAGAUUAAACUUCGGUUCGAUAAGAUGAUAAAUCAAAUUGGUUUUAUUCAUAAGCCUAUGAUAUUAUGUUAUACCACGUGUUUGUGUGUACUUUGAAUAUUCAAAUUUCCAAAAUUCUGUACCAAAUAACUACAUGAUGGAUAAAUGGCUAACCAAAGUUCCUCCUAAUGACGAGUAUGUGUGGGGAAUUUUACCACAUGAUAUGGAGAAAAACCGUUUUUUAGUUGGCAGCGCUGGACACACCUACUGACGUAGCUUCACCUACUUGACAAGAUCAUAUAAAUGUUUGCUCUUUUUGGAAAAUCAUAGAUUAUCCAUAGAAUCUGUCUUGUAAUUGUUGCUGUUGUGUUAUUUUUGUUGUUACGAUGGCUUACAUCGAGUUCGGUUUAUUAUUGGUGACUUUGGUGAUUCUAGUUUGGUUUUAUUUUAAACAAGCGUAUUCUUAUUGGAAGAAUAAGAAAAUCCCGUAUAUGAAACCAGUUUUUCCCUAUGGAAAUCUUAAUAGCCUUCUACCCCGAGGACUAUUUAUAGGCCUUCAAAGCAAGAAAUACUUCGACGAGUUCAAGAAACGCAACCUAAAAUACGGCGGAGUCUACGCGAUAGCAACGCCGAUGCUGGUGGUGAACGACGUGGACAUUAUCAAAGACAUUCUAAUAAAAGACUUUAGCCACUUCACCAACAGGGGAUUCUACCACAACCAGAGCGGCGACAAAAUGUCGUCGAACUUGAUCACGCAGGAAGGGCAGAAAUGGAAAACAUUACGCACCAAGUUCACGCCUACCUUCACUUCAGGGAAAAUAAAGGCUAUGUUUAAUACUAUGAGCAAAAGUGCCAAAAAUAUGAUUGAGUUUCUUGAUGGCCAUGAAAAUAAGGAGGUGGUGAAUAUAAACUAUUUAUCAGAGGGUUACACGAUUGAUGUGAUUGGAGACAAUGUUUUUGGUUUGGAGUGCAAUAGCUUUAAAACUCCAGAAACGAUGUUCAGGAAAAUGGCUAGAAGGAGUUUCGAGAUUGAUUUUAUACUCGCAGCCAACCUAUGUUUGGCAAUAAACUUCCCUAAUUUGGCCAGGAAAUUAGGCGUGUAUACCACCAAUAAAGACGUCGACAAGUUCUUUACCAACUUGGUGAAAGAAAAUCUUCACUAUAGGGAAACCAACAACAUCAGGAGGCCGGAUUUUUUUCAGUCUUUAAUCGAUUUGAAGAAUCAUAAUAAACCUAAAGAAAGCAUCGAUAUCGAUGAAGUCAGUGCUCAGACUUUCUUAUUUUUCAUUGCCGGUUUCGAAACUUCAUCCUCGACGAUUAUGUUAUGUUUGUACGAGUUGUCGAGGAAUCAGGAGAUUCAGGAGGAAUUGAGGAAAGAAGUCAGAAAAGUGGUGCAGAAAUAUAAUGGAGACAUUACGUACGAUAGUAUCAGAGAAAUGAAGUAUUUGGGGCAAGUUAUAGACGAAACUCUAAGGAUGUAUCCUUUGGUCUCGACUUUGGCGCGUGUAUGCAUAAAAAAUUACCAAAUAAACGGCACCGACGAUGUCAUAGAAAAAGGCAUCCAAAUUAUUAUUCCAGUCGCUGGUAUCCACAAAGAUCCGGACCUAUGGGUUAAUCCUUAUGAAUUUGAUCCUGAAAGAUUCAACGACGAAAACAAACAAAAUAUACAUGCAUGUGCGUAUUUGCCGUUUGGAGAGAGUCCCAGAAAUUGCAUAGCAAUGUCAUAUGGAUUAAUGCAAGUCAAAAUUGGAAUUGCUACACUUUUGUCAAGUUAUAGAUUUUAUUUGAGUCCUGAAACGAAGCAACCCUUGGAGUUUCAACCUGAAACAUUCCUCCUAUUAACUACAGAUGAUGUAGUACUAAAAGUUGAAAAAUUGUAACGUAUUGUUGUUUCUUAAAGUUAUGUAUUACAAAGAUAUAUUUUAUAAAAACAAUGCUUGCUAUUUUAAUAAACACUCUUUUAUAAUAAUAAUUUAAUGGAUGAAUUCUUAUCCAAAAAUUUUUGUGAUUUAUCCUAAUCUAGACGUUUUUAUGCAAAUCAUCUUGUCUGUAAUUGUAUGUACCUAUUUACCUGUAAUUGUAAUUUAUUUACCUUUAUCUGUGUAAUAUUUCUUAUUUUUCAUUAUAAAUUAUUUAUUAUAUUUUGUUACUUACUCUUUGUGUGACUU